AUGACUUUCAUGGAGAAUAUUUCAGAGGUGACUGAAUUUAUUCCUAUGGGGUUAACAAAUGCCCCAGAGCUUCAGGUCCCUUUAUUUAUCAUCUUCACUCUAAUUUAUUUAAUCACACUGGUUGGGAACCUAGGUAUGGUCAUGUUGAUUCUACUGAACUCCAGACUCCACCCUCCCAUGUACUUUUUCCUCAGUAACCUUUCCCUGGUGGACUUCAUUUAUUCCACAGCAGUCACUCCCAAAUUAAUGGAGGGGUUUCUCACAGAACACAAGGUCAUAUCCUACAAUGCAUGUGCUGCCCAGACAUUCUUCUUGAUAACGUUUGCCACUACUGAAUGUUUCCUUCUGGCUGCAAUGGCUUUUGUCCAUCAUGCAGCAGUGUGUAGACCUCUUCAUUACUCAACCUCCAUGAAGGGGACCACAUGUGUCUUACUUGUUACCUGUUGUUACGUCUAUGGAUUUCUUCAAUCCUCCAUCCAUGUUGCUUUUACUUUCCACCUCUCCUUCUGUCAUUCCAAUGUGAUUAAUCAUUUUUUCUGUGAUACCCCACCAAUACUUGCUCUGUCUUGUUCUGAUAUUCACAUGAAUGAUAUUACAGUUUUUACUUUGUCAGCAUUUGAUGUUGAUUUUGCACUAGUGAUUAUUUUGAACUCUUACAUACUUAUUUUCAUUGCUAUUUUGAGUAUGAGUUCAACAGAGGGCCGUAAAAAGGCCUUCUCAACCUGUAUAUCACACCUCACCACUGUUUCUCUCUUCUGUGGGACAAUCAUAUUCAUGUACUUACAGCCAAGCUCCAGCCAUUUCAUGGACAAAGACAAAAUGGCAUCUAUGUUCUAUACAACAAUCAUACCUAUGUUGAACCCUCUGGUCUACAGUCUGAGAAAUAAAGAGGUCAAGAAUGCAUUUAAGAAGAUUGCUAGAAAAGUACUCUUUUCAGUGGGCUUAGUAAAUUAA